AUGGAGGCGCCUGAAAGGGACGAUACUCCAGCUCUACCUUUGGCGAUGGACGAAGGAGGCAAGGACGUUUCAGAGAUAAGAGCCUCUGAAGAAGCCAUCAUGUUCAUAAACGGCAUUGACCCCAUUGAGCUGCCAAAAUGUGUGUUUGAGGACUCUCUAGUGACCAUUUCUGAAGGUGGACGAGACUUGGGAAGUUUCUAUGUGUCUGUAGAGUUUGCCCGCAGAGCCUGUAGGCCAUGUAUGUUGCUACAUGCACAAAGCCAGGGGGCCAUUGACAACUCCCCAUGUGGGACAACUGUGACGGCCUAUCUUACGGCUGACCUUGAGGUGCUGGAGGAAGAACAUCACGAGUAUGUCAAGCUGAGCGAUCACAUUUUGGACAAGAGGUGUCAUAUGGUGCAACAUGAUGGAGAGAUGAAGAUUAAUAAAGUUACCACUGUUGGGAACGAGGUGACAACGGAAAGUGUUUCCUAUUCCAUGUCUGCUCUCAGAGGACUUGUAACUGAGGGUUCCAACUUCUUGCUCAUGCGUAUUAUUGCACUAAGGAAGAAAAUACCUGAGCAUAUGACUCUCAUCUCCUUUGAUCAGAAAUUACAAAUCGCCCGCACUACCUUUCGAGGGCUAGAAGAGAAGCUGAUGGAGAUUGAUGGCGAGACUGUGGAGGUAUUCGGGGUGGAGAGAACUGUUCAUUGGCUGGAUGAAGACCCGACUACAUGGCAAUGCUACUUUUUGUCUGAUGGGCAUCUUGCUAGCAGACUGCAGGUGGGAUCUCCAAUUACUAUGAGGUUGUUGCAGCUGCCAUCACAAAAGGAAGAAGCAUAUGAAAAAAUCCCCCUGGUUUGGGAAGAAGAUAUACAGAUGCGUUCAAAGUUCUUGGACAGAAAGGAGGAGCUGAAGGCUGAUCACGCUUCAUAUUUGAAAGCCAACCCAGAGAUCCGUGCGCUCAUAUCCGACUUCCUGCAAUUCUUGCUACUCAAGAAACCAGAUGAUGUCUUCCAGUUUGCCAGAGAAUACUUCUUUCCCUUCACUUCGGACACAAAUUUAGACACCUCACCACACUGA